GUGAACUUCAGCAAUGAGGAGUGGACUUUGCUGAGUCCAUCCCAAAAGAAUCUCUACAGAUAUGUGAUGGGCGAAACCUUUAGGAACAUGACUGCAAUAGGAGGACUUGGGGAUAUCCAGGAAGCUGAAAAAGAAUGCAAAAUUUACUGGAGAUACUUAAGGUAAUUUGCACUCAUAAGAAGAAGGAAUGUUCCUGAGUAAUUAGUGAGUCAGCAGAAAAAUGCCGCCAAAGAAAUGAGGCAAUAUUCAAUUUAUGUCAGUAAUAUUCUCUGAAGACGUAUAAGCUAGGGUAUGUAUAAUGAGUGGAUUAAAUCAAGAAAAUGUAUGACAUUGCAUAUAGAUGUUUAUGAAAGGCAUACACUUUGAGUUAUGACAUUCUCUCUUCAGUUUUUCUACCCAUAUAUACAUGUGAAUACAACACAUUCAUCAUCUAAAAAUUGCUAAGAUUGCAAUAGAAUUUGAAAUAAAAUGGAGUUCUUGUGUUUCCAAGCCAUGCUCUAAAGAAUCAGCCGUUCUGACUAAAAUUCUUAGAAGGCUAGUGGAAUGUUAAGUGCACUCAUUCUGAAUAUCAGUGUGCAGUUGUCUCUAGAAAUUGAUCUCCUCAUACUUGUUCUGGAUAUAUUUUAAAAAUUCAAAAUGCACUUAAAGUACUGAUACAUGCUUGCUCAUAUACAAAGCAGAUCAAGUUAUAAUAGAUCAGGCCUUGAAGAAGCUUAGCUAUCUAUCACUGGAUUUGUGGAGAAGGAAAAUAUUAAUAGACUCUCUGUGAUUGUGCAUACCUGUAAAUGCAGCACACAAGCAAUCAGAUUUUGCAGAAUGGCAAAUUCAAGUUCAAACUUCACAGCUUAAUGAUCAGUGAAAAUGUCUUAAAACAGAUUUAAAAAGGUAUAGAUUUUAUGCUAAUAGCUGUCGUUCAUUCCCAGCAUGGAAAAGAAAAAAAUGUGUUAUAUAAUGUCAAAAAAUAAAUAAUAUAAUGUCAUUUUUCAUAAGAAAUAGGUGGUUUUUUGUCCCAUCAAUUUGGUGAAAUAGCUCAGCUAUAAAACCUAAAAGUUCACAGGGUUUCUUUUAGAUGAGAAACCAAAAUAUAAAUUGUGGGAUGAAAUGAAAGAGUUAAUAGAGAAAAGUAAGACUGACCAUAUGGAAAAGGGAACUACAGGUUAAGGACAGAAGGGAGAUUGUGAUGGGCAAACAUAUCAGAAUGAUCUGUAUGUGAUACACAUAUGUACCCAUGCCCAAAGUCAAGAUAAGGAUUCUGCAUUUCAAAAGGUAUCAAAUUUUAAGAUUUCCAAAUGUGUAGCAUUCUUUUGGGAAUGGUUGUUUUCAACAUGUCUUACAAGGCCAUUCUGUUAUUUCAUGGUCAGAAUUUCUUAGCAGGCAUUAAAAACAAAACUUGACAUUAAUGCAGUCAUUAAACUGAGACCCAUUUCACUGUGAAUGUUUCUUAUUUUUUUAUUUAAUGUAAGGAAAAACUAAAAAAAAAACAAAAUAAGUAGAAAUGAUACCACUUUCAAAGUGAAAAUAAACAGUAAGAAAUCUAAAGACAAUGAUUACAUAUGCUGCUCAGAGAAAUAAUGAAAUACAAAAGUGAAGCAUAUGAAGUGGGGAUUCAAACAGCGAGUCUGCAAAAAAUUUUGUUCAAAUCUCCAAUAAAAACUUAGUAAUAUGGUUAUCAAUCUGAUAUGUGAUUGUUUUUGACAGAAAUGACAAGCUAGGGCAAUCCUAUGGACAUACAUCUUGGAAUCAGUGUAAAGAAGUAUUCCUUUGUACUGCAGAAGGUAAUGUGAAUGUGAAAGAAGCAGAAACACACCACAAUGUUCAGAUCCAUGAAAAAUAUAGCAGUGAGGAGAAAUCCUAUGUAUGUCAGCAAUGUGGAAAAGGGUUCACCAAAUCUGGACAUUGUAAGCAACAUGAAAUAAUUCACACUGGAGUGAAACCAUAUGUAUGUAAGAAAUGUGGGAAAGCUUUUAACACACGGGCAAAAUAUAAAAUACAUGAAAGAAUUCACACUGCAGAGAAACCCUAUGUAUGUAAGCAAUGUGGGAAAGGUUUUACCCAACAUGGAGCUUGUGAGCAACAUGAAAGAAUUCACACUGGAGAGAAACCAUAUGUAUGUGAGCAAUGUGGGAAAGCUUUUAAAACACAGGCAUGUUGCAAGGUUCAUGUAAGAAUGCACACUGGAGUGAGACCAUAUGUAUGUAAGCAAUGUGGGAAAGGUUUUGCCCAGUAUGGAAAUUGUAAGCAACAUGAAAUAAUUCACACUGGAGAGAAACCGUAUGUAUGUAAGCAAUGUGGGAAAGCUUUUAACACACGGGGAUAUUUUAAGAAGCAUGAAAGAAUUCAUACUGGAGAGAAACCCUAUGUAUGUAAGCAAUGUGGGAAAGGUUUUAACAUAUACAGACAGUAUAAGGAACAUGAAAGAAUUCACACUGGUGAGAAACCAUAUGUAUGUAAGCAAUGUGGGAAAGCUUUUACCCGACAUAGACAUUGUAAGCGACAUGAAAGAAUCCACACUGGAGAGAAACCCUAUAUAUGUAAGCAAUGUGAGAAAGCUUUUAACACACAGGCAGAUUGUAAAAGACAUGAAAGAAUUCACACUGGAGAGAAACCCUAUGUAUGUAAGCAAUGUGGGAAAGCUUUUACCACACAUAGAUAUUGUAAGGAACAUGAAAGAAUUCACACUGGAGAGAAACCCUAUGUAUGUAAGCAAUGUGGGAAAGCUUUUAACACACAUCGACAGUGUAAGGAACAUGAAAGAAUUCACACUGACCAGAAACCAUAUGUAUGUAAGAAAUGUGGGAAAGCUUUUACCCUAUAUAGACAUUGUAAGCAACAUGAAAGAGUUCACACUGGAGAGAAACCCUAUAUAUGUAAAGCCUAUAUAUGAAAGCUUUUACCCAACGUGGACAUUGUAAGCAACAUGAAAGUUCACACUCAAGUUAAAACCAGUGUAUAUAAGCAUCAUGAGAAUUUUUUCAGCACAAGUACAUAUUGCAUAAUGCAUGAAAAGCUUCACACUCGGCAUAAAUCUUAUAUAUGUACUGAAUUUGGGAAAGGUUUCAGCAGAAAUGCUCAUUGUCCAAUAAAUGAAAUAUUUACACUGUUGAGAAACCCUGUUUAUGUGAAGAAUGUGGGAAAGCUUUCACCACACAUGGAUUUUGUAAAAUACAUCAAUGACUCCACACUGGUGAGAAACCCUAUGCAUAUAACAAUGUGGCAAAGCUUUUAACACAUACAGUCAUUGGAAAACACAUGAAACAAUUCACAUUGGGAUGGCUACAUAAGCAAGUGGAGACAUUUUCAGCAGCCAGAUUGUAAGUGAAAUACAUGAAGAAAAUCACACAAGAGAUAAAUCCUAUAUGUUAUGUGAAUACUCAGCACACCUGAUCACUGUUACAUAUCUGAAAGAGCUCACUGGAUCCUAUGUGUAUUAACAGUGUGAGAAAUACGGCAAUCCAUGUUUAUUGUUAAAUACAUAGAAGAAGCAGCACUCUUCAGACAGUUUAGAUCUAAGUUUACUUUAAAAGUUCCAAGAAGACCUGAAGAAAUAAUCAAUACAGUAGUUUGAUGUCAAUAUUUCUUCACAAAUUUUCCAGAAACAACAAAUCUGAAGUGGAGCUCUACUCAAGUACACAUUUUGUAUGGUUUUCAGUUAAUCACUUAUACCUCUUUAUUUUUUAAUGUGUCUUUGUGCUUCAACAUGGCAUCUUGUAAUUAAACAUGGUAAAUGAAAUAGGCUUUUCACUUUCAAGUAUGGAUAGUGUCUAUGUACUUAAUAUUUUGUCUUUAAAACUUAAUUUUAUAUUUUUGGUGAAUUAUUUUUAUUAAAAAAACCCAAAAAUGUAUAGAAAUAAUACAGAAUUUCUGAAAAAUAAACAAUAAGAAGUCACUAGUUGAUUUGUUACAUAUUGUCAUCUUAGAAGUAAUUGUUCAAGUUACAAAAUUAAGCAUAGAAUGUGAUACUCAAAUAAUGACACUGCGAACAUUUUACCUCAGUGAUCCAACAAAAACUUAUUAAUAUGCUUAUAUGUUGUACAAACUUGUUUUUUAUCUUAAAGAUCGUAAGAUUAAACAUGACAAAACAAAACAGAACAGUUCAUAAGGAAACAAGUUAAGGAAACACAGGUUUCAAAGCAAGUCCACUGAGAUGUUCAUUGUCUAUCUUACUGUCGCUAGUUUUUUUCCAAAUAGUUGUUCCCAUCUUCACAAGCAUUGAAUAUAUACUUAACAUUAUAGAACUAAUCAAAUAAUUACAGGAUGAUGCAGGCUUUUUUGAUCUUCAAGACUGAUUUUGGGGAAGUUGAUGAUUACCAUAAUGUGUCUCAUUCUCUUCGUAUUAGAUGUCUUUAUUUUAAUGUAUGCUGAAACUGAACAUAAGAGACUAAACUAAUAUACUCUGAACAGUGAAUAAUAGUAUCCUGAGAAGGAGAAAGGUGAGGAAUUGCCUAAAAAAAGAAGGCAGAGGACAUUGUUAAAAGUGUAUCAGGAUUUAAAAGCUAUAGUAGUUCUGUUGCUCUGUUUAUUUUGAUUAUAUUUUGUUCUGGUCUGUGUACUCAUAAUAGAUUUGAGGGCACAAAGAUGUAACCCAAAAAUAGCAGGUUAAACCAUGAUGGUAACUGUCCUUAAUUUCCUAUUAACUGAAACUGAAACCCUGUAUUACUUACAUUGUCUUACUAUGACUGAUCUUAUUGGAAGCUGGUUUGUUUGAAUGUUAUUUGGCCUUGACUGAUUUUAUUCACAUUUUUUAUGCUUGCUGGCAUCAAGUCCAAGAGUGGAGAGGCCACUUCUCUGAAGAUGAUAAGAUGUGAAAGAUAUAUAUUGGCUGGCUGGGGAUUUAGCUCAGUGGCUUAAGUUCCUGCCUGGCAAGUGUAAAGUAAUCCGUUUGAUCCCCAGUACCAAAAAAUAAAUAAAAGAUAUAAAUUCCAGUUUAAUUUUUUUAAAGAGAAAAAAAGAACAUAAGAAACAAAGCAGUAAAGGGUACAAAUCAUGCACAAUUUCAAGAAAAAAAUACAGUAAGAAAUCACUAGUUAAUAGGUUACAUAUUGUCUUCUUAGAAACAAUUGUUCAAAUUAUAAAAUUAAAGCAUAUAAAGUAAACAUUCCUACAGUGUGAUUGCAGAGAGUUCCGUUCAGUGAUCCAACAAAGCUCAGUAAUAUGUUUUUCUCCCUACACACUUAAACAGGCACUUAUAUCUCUUAGACCACCUUCCUUUCCUGUCUUCUUCACAAUAACAAUUACACUUUUGAGGUUUUUUUACUCCCAUAUUUCUUAUUACUUUUUUUGAAGAGAAUAAAACCUCAAGUGAGUUAACAAAACAGAGUUGGUUAGAACAUAAUGAUGGGCAUAGUACUUGAUGCAAAAAUAGAAUAUCAGCUGAUCAAAAAUGUUUACCAUUGUGCCUUUUGCUAUUUUUAAAAAGAAUUGCUAUAUCAUCAGGUAUAAUAGAAUUGAUCAAAACAGUACAGAACAAGACCAAUAAAAUCUACACUGAAGACCUCAUAGGAUUUCAAAAGAGGAUAAUAGUCAAGCCAUAAUGGGCAUCAUAGUAAAUCUUAUUGCCUACAACGUGGUUGCCUAUACCCUCAAACGUGAUACUAUCAAACAAAAUAGAAUAUAGUAAAAUCAGGCAGAACAAGACGGGGAGAGCAAUACUGGGGUUAAAAAUCAGGUUAGUAGGAAAACAAAACAGUUUCUAUAAUAUAUCCCUCAAUUUUUUAAUUUAGUUUUCCUUUAAAAAAAUAGAAUUUUUUUUAAAAAAAGGGUGGAGAUCGAGAUAGAAGAGACAUUGUACUAGAACAACACAGGUCAGAACAGAACAAUUAAAGCAUUUUGUUUUACCACCAGAUAAUCUAACAUAAUAGUAGUCACCAUAGUGCCUCUUUCCUUGAAUUGUUUGAGUAUAACUUCGUAUACUAUAGAAUCAAUCAUAUCAAGACAGUGUGAAGCCAUUCAAGAGAAUGAAAAACUUACAGCGUAUUUAGAGCCAAUUAACAAAAUGAACAAAGUGAAGAAGACAAAUAGACAACUGAUGACAGAAAAAUAGAACAACAGAAAUGAGACAGAGAAGGUUCGAUAUAAUUUCUAAUGCAGAUGUCCUAUAUACACUAAAUUAAGGAAAAAAAGAGAGAAUCACAGGCAGAGUGGAUCAAGAAAUAGGGCCAACUGAGAUGCUCUUUAUAGGAAGUAUAAUUGACCUGAAGAAGGGUAUUUCGACCAAAAUUGAAUAUGAGAACAUAGAACUCGAUGUGAUAGGGAAUGAGAGAGUAAUAGGGGCAACUGGACCAGUAUUUAUGGGUAGGUUGGAAAGAAAGGCUUUAAUAAGUAAAGAAAUAUAACUAGAGAUCAAGUCCUGGAGUGAGAAAGUUCAGAAACACUUAGAUAAAUUGCAGGUUGCCCACACAAUAUAAAACCAAGGGUGUUGGGGAGACCCAAAAAUACACAGUACAUCCUGGGGGAGUGAAGGGGAAGAAUAGACUUUAAAAAGACAGAAGAAGAUAUUGCUAUAAGUGUAUCAGGAAUUAAAACCCGUAUUACUUGUACCACUCUGUUUAGAUAGAACUUAUUCCAUCCCAGUUUUUAUACAAGCACUAAAUCUGAGGGCACAGACAGCUAUCCCAAAAAUAUCAGGAUAUACCACAUUAAUCAUCUUCAAUUUCCUGUUAACUUAAACCAGAUUCCUCUAUAACUUAUACUGUUAUAUCAUUGCUGAAUUUAUUUAAAUCUGAUUUGUUUGAUUGCUUCUUGUUAUUGACUAUUUAUUCAAAACCGUUAGGUUGAUAGUAUCGUCAGAGUGUAGACAAUUAUACUGAAAAUAGAAAUGACUCUCUAUAUUACCCAUUCUGACUUGAUUAAUAUCUGUUUUAGUAGCUCUACACUAUCUACAAAGUUCUAUUUCUGUUAAUACUGUUAUGCAGUGAUAUAUUCAAUUAUACUUUAUCCGAUGAUAUAGCCAUUUUUAUUGAUGAUAACAAGAGACAACACAGUAACCAUGGUAGAACUCCCUGUACAGCAGUUUUAUAUGUCUUUUUAGUUUUAUGUAUCUCUAGGAUUAUGUUUUGCUCUGUCCUGCUUUGUUCUGGUUCUCCCUCUAAUAUAGAAAGAAUAGUAACACAUGUUAAGAUGCAUGCUUCCAUAAAACCUAUCAAUAAUUUAGAAGAACUGAUUUUAUGAUACAUGAUGAAAUGAACAAAUACUUUGAAGGAGAAAAAAGGGGGCUACAGUACCCAGGGCUGGUUCCAUCGUGUCAUGAUGUGAAAUCAAGCAAUACUAUUAAUCUUCAACUAGAGUGAUUUUAAUCUUCUUUGCUUUGUUUAAACUCAACAUAAAUGAAGAUAUGGAUAAAUACAUACAUGAUUAAGUGUAUAGGAUUGACUGCCAUAUUACUUAGUUUUUAUUAGAUAGUUGAACAGAACUACUUGAAGUCUCCCUGUUUGAAUUCCCAUUUAUAUGGUCCACUUUUGUAUCUUGAACAAUUAUUUGAAAGAGGACAAUAAAACACACAAAGUAGUGACUUAUUACUGUUUAUUCUUUAAUUUGAAUGUAUGUAUUAUUUAUGCCUGCUUUCUGUUUUGUUUUGUCUUUCUUUAAAUAAAAAUAAAUUUAAAAAUAUAAAUAAAUAAAGUCCCUUAGCAGUUAGAUUGGUGGACCAAGCUCUGAUUGAUAAAUAAGAAAGCAGCUGUCUGCUAACAUUUUUAACCAGUUUUUAUCCAUUGAUUAGAGACCUCAAUGAUCUCCAGAUCACUAUAGGAGACACCUCAAAUAAAUUUAUGAAAUUUAUUCCUAAAUGUUCACAUUGGUCAUUAUCAAAUGAAGUAAUACAUAUUUUUGGUUUGAUGAUGCCUGUAUAAAGGUUUCACAUGGUUAUGACAGUUGAUUUUAAUCAACUAUAUGAUGUAUUGCAUAUAUUCAUAAUUCUGGAUGCGUAAGACUCCAUGAUUGUAAAAUUGGGAUUACUUAUGGUAACAGAUUUUUGUCUCAUGUGCACACCUUUGCUGCUCACAAAGACUUGUGAGAUUCACAUUGAACUAAAGAUCAAUAAGUUUUUCAAUAAUAUACAACAAACUUCUUUUGUAUUAGAUAAGGGUGAUUGACUAAAAGGGAUAAUUUAUGUCAAACAAGAAUUUAGAUUAUUACAAGAAUUUCGAGAUUGUCAUGAUGCAAUACUAUGUACGCUUCUGAUUCCUGAUAUAUUAUGUAAAAUAUGCAACUGUUAAUACUGUAGGUAUUCAAAUGCUAAAAUGUCCAUGGAUUGAAGACAAUAGGAUUCAUUUAAUGUUCUAAGAUGUUUCAUGUUUAGAUAAAAUAGUAAUAUUACACUUACUGCCUCUAAUAUACUGUAUUGUUAUGAAAAACUUUUUUUGGAUGUUUGACAGCUAAGGUUUGGAAGCCAAAACUUAGAGAAACAGAUGAGCUAAAUGGAUAGCCAAUAUUUUGGCCCCAGCCCUUCAAGGGUGGUGGAGACCCAGGAUAUAAAAUAAUCUCUGAUUGCAGCAUCCUAAGAUAUUCAGUGAGCCCCUAGUUGUCUCAUCAAGGAUAUGAUGAAACCACAGAGGAAAGUCACCUUCAAUGCAAGGUGUGCCUAAGAAGAGUCACAGGAGAAAAAUCUCCCAAGCUUUCACAGAGAGCAACGUGGUGAAGCAAUGAUUGUGACUCUUCUAAGUGGCAGACACUGACAGAAGAGCCAUGAGGUGUUAUGCAUGGUUCUAAGAUAACUCCUGAGAAGACCUAAGUGACCUUGAAGGAAGGUCUUUUGGCAACUCUUGGAGGUGGACUAAAUGUCUUUUGCAUAAUGGAUGUAUAUGAGUCGUGGGGGCCAGGGGUGGAAUGUCAUGGUUUAUGCCUGUGUCCCCCAGGCCUCAUGAGUUUGCAUUGUGCAUUUAUGAUGGUUCGUUGUCUAGUGUUCGGAUUGAUGGUGUCAGUCCUAAACCCACAUUGGGUGGAGCCAGGAUGUAAUUCAAUGGCAGGAAGAAGGUGUAUCUUGCUUUUUGCUGGUUCCUGUGUGCUUUUUGCAGCUUCCAUGAACUGUGGCCCAGCCAUACCUGCCUGCCUUGGAGCCAACGGAGUGUGAACUGAAACCUGCAAAAACUGUAAGAAAUAAAUCUUUCCUUUCUGAAAUUGGGCUUCAGGUAUUUUGUCUCAGCAACAAGUAAAAAGUAAUUAAGACAGAAUUUGGUACCUAGGAUUGGGGUCUUUUGCUGUGACUAUUCUUGACCAUGUUUUUCGAGAGGCUUUGGAAAUGGCUUGUGGGCAGAGUUUGGAAAGGUUUGGACAUGUCACCUGGAUGCGUAGAGCUGGAGCAGCUUAGGCUGUUCUGUAGAGGGGAUUCUGGUCAGACCUCAGGAGACCAGAAGGCUGAUAGAAGGCUUGAUGAUAAAAACCAGGCUUGGGAGUUUUCUGUUGGGAAGAAGGACUGCAUUGGUUGUUGGACUCGACAAUGUGUGUGUUAUGGCUUGGCAGAAGGUUUGUCUGCAUUUUGCUACUGCCCAGAGACUUUGCUGAGACUGAGACAAAGGGCAAUGGACUGAUUAAUCUUGGUAAAGAAACUAAAAAGCAAUCAAACCUUGAGGCUGUGGCAUGGCUAUUGUUGGGGGCUUUUAGCCAGAUUUAUGUUGCAUUUCUAAAGCAAAGAGAUCAGCAGGAUAGUGUACAAUGCUGUGAGUUUGGCCAGAAGGAAAAUUCCAGGAAGACUGUGGAUUGCAAAGACAGAGUUGAGAUUUUGAUUCCUGAGGAGAAACAGAGAGAUAAGAAAGAUGGCCCACGGCAUCAUAGGAAGGGGGUCCCCACCCUGUGCAGCCUCACUGCAAAAGUGAAAGAAUUUGCUCAGAGGGAAAAGCUGCAGAGUGCCAUGUUGUAGAAUGUCAACAGAAGCCACUUGAGGUUCCAGAAUGAUGGCCCCUUUGAGAAGCUUUUCCUCACAAUCAUGUGAACAGAGCACUGCAAUCCAGGCAACUAACCCCUAUAGCCAAUAGGCAGAAAAGUAUAGGUACUGCUCCAGUCAGCAGCAAACCUUGGUGGCAUCCACAAGGUGCUGAUUUUAGGUGCAAGGAAAAUGCACAAAUUCUGAGGCAAGAUGGCAUCCACCUCAAUUGCAAAGUGCCUGGGAGGCCAAAAGGUGUGCCCCUGAGAGGGCAAUUUGUGAAGACGUAAGGGUGAAACCAAAGGUGCGGUGGAGACUGCAGAUGUUUGGAAAAGGCAAGAAUGUGUUUGAUUCAAGGGAAGCUGCAAAAAGAGAGCAGAGAAGAUUUAAGAGAAAAGCUGCUGGAGUUAAAAUUGCUGGAAAUGCCACGGGGGUGGAAUUACCCAAGCCUUUUGGAGUUUGGAACCAGAUUGCUUCUGAUGCUGAACAUGGAAUUCUAGGACUUAAUGUUCACCCUGCUGGACUUCUUUUGUUUCCAGUACUUUAUAUUCCCAUUCUUGUAACUUUUGGAAUGGUAAUGUUUACCUUGUGCCUUUGCAUUUGGGAAAUGUUUAACCUUGUUUGAUUUGUACAGGGGUUAUGGUUAAGAGUUUGCCUUAGAUCUUGGAGGAGACUUGGUAAUUGGACUGUUCAGGAAUACCGAAACAUAGGACAUUGGCAACUCUUGGAAGUGGACUAAAUGCCUUUUGUAUAAUGGAUAUACAUGAGUCCUGGGGGCCAGGGGUGGAAUGUCAUGGUUUAUGCCUGUGUGCCCCAGGCUUCAUGAGUUUGCAUUAUGCAUUUGUGAUGGUUCAUGGUGUAGUACGUGGAUUGAUGGUGUUAGUGCUACACCCACAUAGGGGUGGAGCCAGGAUGUAAUAUAAUGGCAGGAAAAAUGUGUGUCUUGGUUUUUGCUGGUUCCUGCUUGCUGUUUGCUGCUGCCAUGAAAUGUGGCCCAGCCAUGUACACCUGCCUUGGAACCAACUGAGUGUGGACUGAAACCUCCAAAAAAUGAAGAAAUAAACCUUUCCUUUCUCAACUUGGGCUUCACGUAUUUUGUCUCAGAAACAAGUAAAAAAUAACUAAGACAGUAGUUAAUGCAGGUCUCAUGUUAGCUUGGCCUUGGACAUCCUGAAGAAGAGUCUGGCCUCUGAAGGUAUAGUGCAAUGUAAAAGCUUGACUGAGGGGGGAGCUAGGAUUGCUAACAUCCUCUGACAAUUGCUGGCUAUUCUGGUAAAUAAGUGCUGUUAUGAACUGAUGGACUAUGAAGAGUUUAAAUUGGAGUUCUCCUCAAUGCUUCCCCACCUUAAGCUGGCCACGCAUCCUGGGAGUCAACAAAACAAAAUAAGAGAGAGUUGUUGGAAAGGGUUGAAGAUGAAUACAUGUGCAGGGCCGUGGUGUGGCCUGGGCAUGAUUGAAUUGAGAAUGAGGAGACACCGCAAGGAACAAAUAGGCCACAGCUGAGGCCACCUAGACUUCCUGAAUAAUUUUUCUUAAUUAGAAUCAUCUGUUGCUCUGUGGGUUCCUUGAACCUCUCCCAGGGGCCUGCUCAGCUUUUUACCAUUGUCCACUCACUUCCUUGCUUGUUCUGAUUAAAUAUGGGCUGCCUAGUGACAGGUGGCUGGCUGCUUAGCAGAGUUAUGAGUUCUGAAGAUUUCACUCUUCCUGUUGCCCUCAUGACAAUGCCACUUUUCUCAUUCUUUUGGUCCUUUGCUGUGUACUUUUUUGGGGGCUAGGUAUUUAGGCAUAGGCUCGAAUAAAAACUUACCUUCCAGCUGUAAGUUUCCUGAAAAUUUUGUUGCAUGUAAAUUUUCUUUACCUGUAGAUGGAAGUGUUAUUAUCAACAAAUAUAUUGCUAACUUAUCAACAUAUGCUACCUUUUUUAACAUAUCGAGGCGUAUUAUAGUGAUUUCUCAGAAGGCAUGAUUAUACACCUCUUUACAUCAUUGUGAGUAUUCUGCAUAACUUUUCUAAGUCAGUACUUAUAAGUGAAAUUGGUAGAUAAUUACGGAGGCCUCCAUCAACUUGCUAAGUACUAUGUAACAUGAGUCUCGGUGUUUCUAGCAGUUCAUUUGUUUUUAACCAAGAAUUCCUGACCAGAUGCCAGUUAUGCCUGCUUGGCACAGAAUGGAUUGUACAGGAAAUUAAGUGGUUUUGAUCUUCAAAGAAUUGCUGGAGUCAAACUGAAACAGGUAAAUGCUAAAAAACUGUUAGGGUUUACAUAGAUUAAAAACUCAUUUACAUAAUUAGUUGAAGAAUGAGUUGAUGCAUUUGGAAGAUUAUUCAGAACAUACAGCUAGCUGAAUUGUAUUAGAUAUUUAUUUCUUUACUUUUAUACAGGUACAAAAUACCUGACUUAUAGAAUUUAAUAUAAAUAUAUUCUUUAUCUCAUGGUUUCCAUGAGGGUUGUUUGAUUUUGACUGUUUCCAAAGCAUAAAUAUCUUGGAAAAAAGUGAAAAGGAAAAAGUAAGUUUUUUAUUACAUGAAGGAGCCAGAGAACAGUUUCAGAACCUGAAAGAAGGAUCCAGAGACCAGAUUUCGUUCAUGGGUUCUAACACACAUGGCUGCAGUUUAUACAUAUAGAAGCAAUCAUAGUAAUCUCCUACACAUUUCUGAAGCCCAAAGGUGUUAACAAAUGGAUCACCAGGCUUUAGGGAAUAUAUGACUUCUAGGAGUAUUAAAAUCCUGAAGAGUGUUAUACUGAGAUGCUAAAAAUUAAAAUAAUUGAUUAAAAGAUAAUUAACAAAAAUAGUUACUUAAAAAGAUAGUUAUUAGUAAUAUUAUCAUUCUACUGAGCUCAUUGCCCUAGUAAUCAAGCACCAACCACAUAGGUAUAAAUUAACUGACCACGUCAUUCUGCUGUUCUGUAAUGCGUCAUCCCCCGCCACCUUAGUGACCUGUGUGCUAUGUCAAAUUUUGUUCCCCUUGUAAGAGACAAAUGAUGCUGUGCCAAUCACUGUUCCCUUUAUGAGAGACAAAUGUUCCUGGAAUUGGCAGACCAAGGGCUAUGAAUUGGCCAACCACCCACUGCGAAAUGCCUCUGUCCUCAAGCAAAGGGGAACAAAGGCCCACCUUAUUUCUGUUUCUCAUCACAAUGUACUUACUGAUCAAUGAGCUAAUCAUAAAUGAACUAUAAAAAUCAGUCAAAACUCUAACUCAGUUGCACAGCUUUGCAAAUUCCAUUUGCACUGUGUCGCUGGGCACACAGUGCAAAUAAAAGUGCUUCUUUUAAAAAAGAUGUCUUGUCCCAUUCGUCAUCUUGGGGUCUUGCCCCGUUUUUUCAUCAUGGGGCCAUGUUUUUUUUUUUUUUAAAGUAGAGUACAAAAAUUGCUGAGUGCCAAUUAGUGACAAGGGAACUAUAUGGCAAGGGGAACUUUGAGUGUCAAGUCCUUGGGUGUCCCUGCCUCACCAGAAGGAAAUGUUUAAUUGGAUUAGGUUCCAUUUCAGCAAUAAUUGUCACCCCCAUGCUUGGCAAUAUGAUCACUUUCAGAAUUCAGCAUUUUUUUGAGCCUGAAUAAGUAGCAAGCUUGUCUUGGAUUACUGAUGCUUGCUUUUAUUUCAUCCUUACACUGUUGCAGACCAUUACUAUCAUUUAAAUGUAAUGUCUUCACUAUACAUGGUAACUGUGCUCCUUUAGUGUUAACAUACUGGCUUUCUUGGUGGAAAAUUAAUAGAAAUGAGUGAAAAUCAUGAAAAUGAAGUCUGAUACCUCUAACAGAAACUUCCAACUCUGUGUUCUGUUGUGUCCUGCCCUGGCCUUUUCUCAGAAUAUUUUCUGACAUCAGUGGACUUUUAUUCCUGGAGGAUUGAACGUGAAUCCUGAAAACAUUUGCAGCCCAUUAUGCAAAGAGUCCACUGAUCCUUGAAAGAAAGCAGGGUAGCCAUGAAAUGGCAGGGAUAAAUAAAAAAUUAGAGAAGACCUAACACCAUCACUUCUCAAAAUUUAAUGAAAUCAAAUGGGAAAUUGUACUUCUCAGUUCAUUCCUGGAAGCAAGCAUUACCCUGAUACCAAAACCAGAGAACAAUCCAAAUAAGAAAGACAAUUACAGACCAUUCUGCCUAGUGAACCUUGAAGCAAAAAUCCCCAAUAAGAUACUGGCAAACAGACUGCAGAAUAUCAUCAAGAAGGUUUUACAUCACGAUCAACUGGAAUUAUUCCGUGGUACUCAGGGGUGGUUCAACUUACAUAAAUCCAUACAUAUAAUACACCGUAUUGACAAAUCCAAAAGCAAAACUCAUUUGAUCACUUCAAUAGAUGCAGAAAAAGAUUUUGACAAAGUGCAUCACCUAUUCAUAAUAAAAAACCUACAAAAAUUGGGGAGAUGAUCUUUAUCUCAAUCUGAUAAAAGCCUUUUAUUACAAACCAACAGUCAUCCUCAUACUAAGUGGACAAACACUGAAAGCUUUCACUCUAAAAUCAGGAACAAAACAAGUGGAGACAACUGUCUCCACUCUUAUUCAAUAUAGUCCUGGAAACUAGCUGGAGCAAUUAGACAAGAGAAAGAAAUAAAAGGAAUAAAGAUAGGAAAGGAAAAGCUUAAAAUGUCAUUAUUUGCAGAAGCCAUGAUACUCUACGUAGAAGACCCUAAAAAUUCCACCAAAAGACUUCUAGUUUAAGAAGCAAAUUCAGUAAUAUAGCUGGUUACAAAGGCAACACUCAACAAUCAAUAGACUUCAUAAACAAGAAUAAAAAACCCAUGGAAAGAGAAAUCAAGGAAACAAUAACUUUUACAAUAGCAUCCAACGAAAUGAAAUACUUAGGAAUCAAUCUAAUAAAGGAUGUAAAUGAUCUCUACAUUGUAAACUACAGUACUCUCAAAAUGGAGAUUGAAGAAGAUAUUUGAAAAUGAAGAGCUAUCCCAUAGUCUUGGGUAGGGAAAUUCAAUAUAGUGAAAAUGACCAUAUUUCCAAAGCUAUUGUACAGAUUUAGUGCAAUCCCAAUCAAAACCCCAUAGCAUAUCUGAAAGAAUUAUACAAAAUAAAUCCUAAAAUUCAUCUGGAACCAGAAGAGACCUAGAGUAGCAAAGGUGAUCCUGGGCAACAAAGGAAAGAUAGGGUUCAUCAAAAUCCCUGACUUGAAAUUGUACUAUAAAGGUAUUGUGAUAAAAAAAAAAAGAUGUGGUACUGACAAAAAACAAAACAAACAAAAACCAGAUGUAAAGAUCAAAGGAACAAAUUAGAAGAUGGGGAAACAAUCCCAGACCACUAAACCAUCUUAUCUUUGACAAAGGUGCCAAACAGAGUCAUUGGAAGAAAAGCAGUCUCUUUAAUAAAUGGUGCUGGAAAAACUGGCUCCAUACAUUCUGAAUAUUAUCUUUCAAUGUGUAUUAAGCUAAGAUCAGAAUAGAUCAAAGAUCUUAUAUUAAAACAGAAACAUUAAAUCUGCUGCAAGAUAGAGUAAGUAAAACUCUUGAAGACAUUCAUGUAAGCAAAGUCUUUAUGAAGAAAACUUCGAUUUUUGAACAGCAAAAAUCGAAGAGAAUUAAGUGAGAAUCUCACCCUACUGAAAAACUUUUUAACAGCUAGAAAUAACUAACAGAGUGAAAAGACAACCCACAACGUGAGAGAAAAUGUUUGCCAACUGUUCCUCAGACAAAGUAUUACUAUUGAGAGCAUGAAAAACUAAAAAAUUUCAGUCUUCCCAGAUUUAAAGACCCAAUCCAAAAAUGUGCAUCUGAGGUGAAAUACACAGUUCUCAGAUGAAGAAAUAGAAACAGCAAAUAAAUAUGUGAUAUAAUGUUCUGCAUCACUCGUCAUUUAAGAAUUGCAAAGUAAAUAACACUGAUAUGUCACCUUGCCCCAGAAAAAAUGCCUACUGUCAAGAAUUGAAGCAAUAACGAAUGCUGGAGAGGUUGUGGGGGAAAAAGGAACCCUUCUCCAUUGUUGGUGGUAAAGCAACCACUGUGGAAAUCAGUGUGGAGAUUGCACACAAACUAGGUCUACAGUUCCCACUCAACUCAGCUAUUCUCCUUCUGGGUAUCUACUCAAAAGAAUAAAAAUUAUCAUACCACAGUGAUAUAUGUGCACCCACGUUUAUAGCAGCAGUUUGUGGUAGCCAGAUCUUGGAUGGAAUGCAGGACCUCUAGCUUGCCAGGCAGGUGCUUAAGCUAAAUCCCUGGACCACUUUUUUUACUUUUUAACUUUCAAAUAAAAUGGGUUUGGGAGAAAAACCAAGGACUGAGGUAAAGACUUUCAGUGCAAAUACCCAUCAGACGUGCUGAGGUCAACAUUCCAGAAAACAGCCAGCUCCAGAAGCCUCCACCAUCUUUCAUUGGGGAUCCACAGUUACAGGGUGUUUUAUUUUCUGCAAUUAUUCUUGGUGGGGAAGGCAGGCAGGAGAGCAGGAGCCAAUCAGUGAUGAAGAGGCUGGCUGAAAAACUGUCCAAUCAGGCGGGCCAAGGUAGGCGGUGUCUUCCGGUGUCAUGGCGUCAAUUGCAAGGCCAGGGCACAAAAGGGAACACUAAAUGUUUGCUAGACCACUAUUUUUUGCUUCUAUUCGCUGUGGACUGCUUAGAAAGAACCUGGGAGACCUCCAAACUACGCAAUGGAGGUGGUGACCUUUGAGGAUGUGGUCGUGAACUUCAGCAAUGAGGAGUGGACUUUGCUGAGUCCAUCCCAAAAGAACCUCUACAGAGAUGUGAUGGGCGAAAUCUUUAGGAACAUGACUGCAAUAGGAGGACUUGGGGAUAUCCAGGAAGCUGAAAAAGAAUGCAAAAUUUACUGGAGAUACUUAAGGUAAUUUGCACUCAUAAGAAGAAGGAAUGUUCCUGAGUAAUUAGUGAGUCAGCAGAAAAAUGCCGCCAAAGAAAUGAGGCAAUAUUCAAUUUAUGUCAGUAAUAUUCUCUGAAGACGUAUAAGCUAGGGUAUGUAUAAUGAGUGGAUUAAAUCAAGAAAAUGUAUGACAUUGCAUAUAGAUGUGUAUGAAAGGCAUACACUUUGAGUUAUGACAUUCUCUCUUCAGUUUUUCUACUCAUAUAUACAUGUGAAUACAACACAUUCAUCAUCUAAAAAUUGCUAAGAUUGCAAUAGAAUUUGAAAUAAAAUGCAGUUCUUGUGUUUCCAAGCCAUGCUCUGAAGAAUCAGCCAUUCUGACUAAAAUUCUUAGAAGGCUGCUAGAAUGUUAAGUGCACUCAUUCUGAAUAUCAGUGUGCAGUUGUCUCUAGAAAUUGAUCCCCUCAUACUUGUUCUGGAUAUAUUUUAAAAAUUCAAAAUGCACUUAAAAUACUGAUACAUGCUUGCUCAUAUACAAAGCAGAUCAAGUUAUAAUAGAUCAGGCCUUUAAGAAGCUUAGUUAUCUAUCACUGGAUUUGUGGAGAAGGAAAAUAUUAAUAGACUCUCUGUGAUUGUGCAUACCUAUAAAUCCAGCACACAAGAAAUCAGAUUUUGCAGAAUGGCAAAUUCAAGUUCUAACUUCACAGCUUAAUUAUCAGCGAAAAUGUCUUAAAACAGAUUUAAAAAGCUAUAGAUUUUAUGCUAAAAGCUGUUGUUCAUUCCCACCAUGGAAAAGAAAAAAAUGUGUUAUAUAAUGACAAAAAAUAAAUUAUAUAAUGUCAUUUGCCAUAAGAAAUAGGUGGUUUUUUGUCCCAACAAUUUGGUGAAAUAGCUCAGCUAUAAAACCUAAAAGUUCACAGGGUUUCUUUUAGAUGAGAAACCAAAAUAUAAAUUGUGGAAUGAAAUGAAAGAGUUAAUAGAGAAAAGUAAGACUGACCAUAUGGAAAAGGGAACUACAGGUUAAGGACAGAAGGGAGAUUGUGAUGGGCAAACAUAUCAGAAUGAUCUGUAUGUGAUACACAUAUGUACCCAUGCCCAAAGUCAAGAUAAGGAUUCUGCAUUUCAAAAGGUAUCAAAUUUUAAGAUUUCCAAAUGUGUAGCAUUCUUUUGGGAAUGGUUGUUUUCAACAUGUCUUACAAGGCCAUUCUGUUAUUUCGUGGUCAGAAUUUCUUAGCAGGCAUUAAAAACAAAACUUGACAUUAAUGCAGUCAUUAAACUGAGACCCAUUUCACUGUGAAUGUUUCUUAUUUUUUUAUUUAAUGUAAGGAAAAACUAAAAAAAAAAACAAAAUAAGUAGAAAUGAUACCACUCUCAAAGUGAAAAUAAACAGAAAUCUAAAGACAAUGAUUACAUAUGCUGCUCAGAGAAAUAAUGAAAUACAAAAGUGAAGCAUAUGAAGUGGGGAUUCAAACAGCGAGACUGCAAAAAAUUUUGUUCAAAUCUCCAAUAAAAACUUAGUAAUAUGGUUAUCAAUCUGAUAUGUGAUUUUUUUUGACAGAAAUGACAAGCUAGGGCAAUCCUAUGGACAUACAUCUUGGAAUCAGUGUAAAGAAGUGUUCCUUUGUACUGCAGACGGUAAUGUGAAUGUGAAAGAAGCAGAAACACACCACAAUGUUCAGAUCCAUGAAAAAUAUAGCAGUGAGGAGAAAUCCUAUGUAUGUCAGCAAUGUGGAAAAGGGUUCACCAAAUCUGGACAUUGUAAGCGACAUGAAAUAAUUCACACUGGAGUGAAACCAUAUGUAUGUAAGAAAUGUGGGAAAGCUUUUAACACACGGGCAAAUUGUAAAAUACAUGGAAGAAUUCACACUGCAGAGAAACCCUAUGUAUGUAAGCAAUGUGGGAAAGGUUUUACCCAAUAUGGAAAUUGUAAGCAACAUGAAAUAAUUCACACUGGAGAGAAACUGUAUGUAUGUAAGCAAUGUGGGAAAGCUUUUAACACACGGGGAUAUUUUAAGAAGCAUGAAAGAAUUCACACUGGAGAGAAACCCUAUGUAUGUAAGCAAUGUGGGAAAGGUUUUAACAGAUACAGACAGUGUAAGGAACAUGAAAGAAUUCACACUGGUGAGAAACCAUAUGUAUGUAAGCAAUGUGGGAAAGCUUUUACCCGACAUAGACAUUGUAAGCGACAUGAAAGAAUUCACACUGGAGAGAAACCCUAUAUAUGUAAGCAAUGUGGGAAAGCUUUUAACACACAGGCAGAUUGUAAAAGACAUGAAAGAAUUCACACUGGAGAGAAACCCUAUGUAUGUAAGCAAUGUGGGAAAGCUUUUACCACACAUAGAUAUUGUAAGGAACAUGAAAGAAUUCACACUGGAGAGAAACCCUAUGUAUGUAAGCAAUGUGGGAAAGCUUUUAACACACAUCGACAGUGUAGGGAACAUGAAAGAAUUCACACUGACCAGAAACCAUAUGUAUGUAAGAAAUGUGGGAAAGCUUUUACCCUAUAUAGACAUUGUAAGCAACAUGAAAGAGUUCACACUGGAGAGAAACCCUAUAUAUGUAAAGCCUAUAUAUGAAAGCUUUUACCCAAUGUGGACAUUGUAAGCAACAUGAAAGUUCACACUCAAGUUAAAACCAGUUUAUAUAAGCAUCAUGAGAAUUUUUUGAGCACAAGUACAUAUUGCAUAAUGCAUGAAAAGCUUCACACUCGGCAUAAAUCUUAUAUAUGUACUGAAUUUGGGAAAGUUUCAGCAGAAAUGCUCAUUGUCCAAUAAAUGAAAAAAUUUACACUGUUGAGAAACCCUGUUUAUGUGAAGAAUGUGGGAAAGCUUUCACCACACAUGGAUUUUGUAAAAUACAUCAAUGACUCCACACUGGUGAGAAACCCAAUGCAUAUAACAAUGUGGCAAAGCUUUUAACACACACAGUCAUUGCAAAACACAUGAAACAGUUCACACUGGGAUGGCUACGUAAGCAAGUGGAGACAUUUUCAGCAGCCAGAUUGUAAGUGAAAUACAUGAAGAAAAUCACACAAGAGAUAAAUCCUAUAUGUUAUGUGAAUACUCAGCACACCUGAUCACUGUUACAUAUCUGAAAGAGCUCACUGGAUCCUAUGUGUAUUAACAGUGUGAGAAAUACGGCAAUCCAUGUUUAUUGUUAAAUACAUAGAAGAAGCAGCACUCUUCAGACAGUUUAGAUCUAAGUUUACUUUAAAAGUUCCAAGAAGACCUGAAGAAAUAAUCAAUACAGUAGUUUGAUGUCAAUAUUUCUUCACAAAUUUUCCAGAAACAACAAAUCUGAAGUGGAGCUCUACUCAAGUACACAUUUUGUAUGGUUUUCAGUUAAUCACUUAUAUCUCUUUAUUUUUUAAUGUGUCUUUGUGCUUCAACAUGGCAUCUUGUAAUUAAACAUGGUAAAUGAAAUAGGCUUUUCACUUUCAAGUAUGGAUAGUGUCUAUGUACUUAAUAUUUUGUCUUUAAAACUUAAUUUUAUAUUUUUGGUGAAUUAUUUUUAUUAAAAAAAAACCAAAAAUGUAUAGAAAUAAUACAGAAUUUCUGAAAAAUAAACAAUAAGAAUUCACUUGUUGAUUUGUUACAUAUUGUCAUCUUAGAAGUAAUUGUUCAAGUUACAAAAUUAAGCAUAGAAUGUGAUACUCAAAUAAUGACACUGCGAACAUUUUACCUCAGUGAUCCAACAAAAACAUAUUAAUAUGCUUAUAUGUUCUACAAACUUGUUUUUUAUCUUAAAGAUCGUAAGAUUAAACAUGACAAAACAAAACAGAACAGUUCAUAAGGAAACAAGUUAAGGAAACACAGGUUUCAAAGCAAGUCCACUGAGAUGUUCAUUGUCUAUCUUACUGUCUCUAGUUUUUUUCCAAAUAGUUGUUCCCAUCUUCACAAGCAUUGAAUAUAUACUUAACAUUAUAGAACUAAUCAAAUAAUUACAGGAUGAUGCAGGCUUUUUUGAUCUUCAAGACUGAUUUUGGGGAAGUUGAUGAUUACCAUAAUGUGUCUCAUUCUCUUCGUAGUAGAUGUCUUUAUUUUAAUGUAUGCUGAAACUGAACAUAAGAGACUAAACUAAUAUACUCUGAACAGUGAAUAAUAGUAUCCUGAGAAGGAGAAAGGUGAGGAAUUGCCUAAAAAAAGAAGGCAGAGGACAUUGUUAAAAGUGUAUCAGGAUUUAAAAGCUAUAGUAGUUCUGUUGCUCUGUUUAUUUUGAUUAUAUUUUGUUCUGGUCUGUGUACUCAUAAUAGAUUUGAGGGCACAAAGAUGUAACCCAAAAAUAGCAGGUUAAACCAUGAUGGUAACUGUCCUUAAUUUCCUAUUAACUGAAACUGAAACCCUGUAUUACUUACAUUGUCUUACUAUGACUGAUCUUAUUGGAAGCUGGUUUGUUUGAAUGUUAUUUGGCCUUGACUGAUUUUAUUCACAUUUUUUAUGCUUGCUGGCAUCAAGUCCAAGAGUAGAGAGGCCACUCCUCUGAAGAUGAUAAGAUGUGAAAGAUAUAUAUUGGGUGGCUGGGGAUUUAGCUCAGUGGCUUAAGUUCCUGCCUGGCAAGUGUAAAGUAAUCCGUUUGAUCCCCAGUACCAAAAAAUAAAUAAAAGAUAUAAAUUCCAGUUUAAUUUUUUUAAAGAGAAAAAAAGAACAUAAGAAACAAAGCAGUAAAGGGUACAAAUCAUGCACAAUUUCAAGAGAAAAAUACAGUAAGAAAUCACUAGUUAAUAGGUUACCUUCUUAGAAACAAUUGUUCAAAUUAUAAAAUUAAAGCAUAUAAAGUAAACAUUCCUACAGUGUGAUUGCAGAGAGUUCCGUUCAGUGAUCCAACAAAGCUCAGUAAUAUGUUUUUCUCCCUACACACUUAAACAGGCACUUAUAUCUCUUAGACCACCUUCCUUUCCUGUCUUCUUCACAAUAACAAUUACACUUUUGAGGUUUUUUUACUCCCAUAUUUCUUAUUACUUUUUUUGAAGAGAAUAAAACCUCAAGUGAGUUUACAAAACAGAGUUGGUUAGAACAUAAUGAUGGGCAUAGUACUUGAUGCAAAAAUAGAAUAUCAGCUGAUCAAAAAUGUUUACCAUUGUGCCUUUUGCUAUUUUUAAAAAGAAUUGCUAUAUCAUCAGGUAUAAUAGAAUUGAUCAAAACAGUACAGAACAAGACCAAUAAAAUCUACACUGAAGACCUUAUAGGAUUUCAAAAGAGGAUAAUAGUCAAGCCAUAAUGGGCAUCAUAGUAAAUCUUAUUGCCUACAACGUGGUUGCCUAUACCCUCAAACGUGAUACUAUCAAACAAAAUAGAAUAUAGUAAAAUCAGGCAGAACAAGACGGGGAGAGCAAUACUGGGGUUAAAAAUCAGGUUAGUAGGAAAACAAAACAGUUUCUAUAAUAUAUCCCUCAAUUUUUUAAUUUAGUUUUCCUUUAAAAAAAUAGAAUUUUUUUUUUUAAAAAGGGUGGAGAUCGAGAUAGAAGAGACAUUGUAAUAGAACAACACAGGUCAGAACAGAACAAUUAAAGCAUCAUUUUGUUUUACCACCAGAUAAUCUAACAUAAUAGUAGUCACCAUAGUGCCUCUUUCCUUGAAUUGUUUGAGUAUAACUUCCUAUACUAUAGAAUCAAUCAUAUCAAGACAGUGUGAAGCCAUUCAAGAGAAUGAAAAAAUUACAGCGUAUUUAGAGCCAAUUAACAAAAUGAACAAAGUGAAGAAGACAAAUAGACAACUGAUGACAGAAAAAUAGAACAACAGAAAUGAGACAGAGAAGGUUCGAUAUAAUUUCUAAUGCAGAUGUCCUAUAUACACUAAAUUAAGGAAAAAAAGAGAGAAUCACAGGCAGAGUGGAUCAAGAAAUAGGGCCAACUGAGAUGCUCUUUAUAGGAAGUAUAAUUGACCUGAAGAAGGGUAUUUGGACCAAAAUUGAAUAUGAGAACAUAGAACUCGAUGUGAUAGGGAAUGAGAGAGUAAUAGGGGCAACUGGACCAGUAUUUAUGGGUAGGUUGGAAAGAAAGGCUUUAAUAAGUAAAGAAAUAUAACUAGAGAUCAAGUCCUGGAGUGAGAAAGUUCAGAAACACUUAGAUAAAUUGCAGGUUGCCCACACAAUAUAAAACCAAGGGUGUUGGGGAGACCCAAAAAUACACAGUACAUCCUGGGGGAGUGAAGGGGAAGAAUAGACUUUAAAAAGACAGAAGAAGAUAUUGCUAUAAGUGUAUCAGGAAUUAAAACCCGUAUUACUUGUACCACUCUGUUUAGAUAGAACUUAUUCCAUCCCAGUUUUUAUACAAGCACUAAAUCUGAGGGCACAGACAGCUAUCCCAAAAAUAUCAGGAUAUACCACAUUAAUCAUCUUCAAUUUCCUGUUAACUUAAACCAGAUUCCUCUAUAACUUAUACUGUUAUAUCAUUGCUGAAUUUAUUUAAAUCUGAUUUGUUUGAUUGCUUCUUGUUACUGACUAUUUAUUCAAAACCGUUAGGUUGAUAGUAUCGUCAGAGUGUAGACAAUUAUACUGAAAAUAGAAAUGACUCUCUAUAUUACCCAUUCUGACUUGAUUAAUAUCUGUUUUAGUAGCUCUACACUAUCUACAAAGUUCUAUUUCUGUUAAUACUGUUAUGCAGUGAUAUAUUCAAUUAUACUUUAUCCGAUGAUAUAGCUAUUUUUAUUGAUGAUAACAAGAGACAACACAGUAACCAUGGUAGAACUCCCUGUACAGCAGUUUUAUAUGUCUUUUUAGUUUUAUGUAUCUCUAGGAUUAUGUUUUGCUCUGUCCUGCUUUGUUCUGGUUCUCCCUCUAAUAUAGAAAGAAUAGUAACACAUGUUAAGAUGCAUGCUUCCAUAAAACCUAUCAAUAAUUUAGAAGAACUGAUUUUAUGAUACAUGAUGAAAUGAACAAAUACUUUGAAGGAGAAAAAAGGGGGCUACAGUACCCAGGGCUGGUUCCAUCGUGUCAUGAUGUGAAAUCAAGCAAUACUAUUAAUCUUCAACUAGAGUGAUUUUAAUCUUCUUUGCUUUGUUUAAACUCAACAUAAACGAAGAUAUGGAUAAAUACAUACAUGAUUAAGUGUAUAGGAUUGACUGCCAUAUUACUUAGUUUUUAUUAGAUAGUUGAACAGAACUACUUGAAGUCUCCCUGUUUGAAUUCCCAUUUAUAUGGUCCACUUUUGUAUCUUGAACAAUUAUUUGAAAGAGGACAAUAAAACACACAAAGUAGUGACUUAUUACUGUUUAUUCUUUAAUUUGAAUGUAUGUAUUAUUUAUGCCUGCUUUCUGUUUUGUUUUGUCUUUCUUUAAAUAAAAAUAAAUUUAAAAAUAUAAAUAAAUAAAGUCCCUUAGCAGUUAGAUUGGUGGACCAAGCUCUGAUUGAUAAAUAAGAAAGCAGCUGUCUGCUAACAUUUUUAACCAGUUUUUAUCCAUUGAUUAGAGACCUCAAUGAUCUCCAGAUCACUAUAGGAGACACCUCAAAUAAAUUUAUGAAAUUUAUUCCUAAAUGUUCACAUUGGUCAUUAUCAAAUGAAAUAAUACAUAUUUUUGGUUUGAUGAUGCCUGUAUAAAGGUUUCACAUGGUUAUGACAGUUGAUUUUAAUCAACUAUAUGAUGUAUUGCAUAUAUUCAUAAUUCUGGAUGCGUAAGACUCCAUGAUUGUAAAAUGGGGAUUACUUAUGGUAACAGAUUUUUGUCUCAUGUGCACACCUUUGCUGCUCACAAAGACUUGUGAGAUUCACAUUCAACUAAAGAUCAAUAAGUUUUUCAAUAAUAUACAACAAACUUCUUUUGUAUUAGAUAAGGGUGAUUGACUAAAAGGGAUAAUUUAUGUCAAACAAGAAUUUAGAUUAUUACAAGAAUUUCGAGAUUGUCAUGAUGCAAUACUAUGUACGCUUCUGAUUCCUGAUAUAUUAUGUAAAAUAUGCAACUGUUAAUACUGUAGGUAUUCAAAUGCUAAAAUGUCCAUGGAUUGAAGACAAUAGGAUUCAUUUAAUGUUCUAAGAUGUUUCAUGUUUAGAUAAAAGAGUAAUAUUACACUUACUGCCUGUAAUAUACUGUAUUGUUAUGAAAAACUUCUUUUGGAUGUUUGACAGCUAAGGUUUGGAAGCCAAAACGUAGAGAAACAGAUGGGCUAAAUGGAUAGCCAAUAUUUUGGCCCCAGCCCUUCAAGGGUGGUGGAGACCCAGGAUAUAAAAUAACCUCUGAUUGCAUCAUCCUAAGAUAUCCAGUGAGUCCCUAGUUGUCUCAUCAAGGAUAUGAUGAAACCACAGAGGAAAGUCACCUUCAAUGCAAGGUGUGCCUAAGAAGAGUCACAGGAGAAAAAUCUCCCAAGCUUUCACAGAGAGCAACGUGGUGAAGCAAUGAUUGUGACUCUUCUAAGUGGCAGACACUGACAGAAGAGCCAUGAGGUGUUAUGCAUGGUUCUAAGAUAACUCCUGAGAAGACCUAAGUGACCUUGAUAGGAAGGUCUUUUGGCAACUCUUGGAGGUGGACUAAAUGUCUUUUGCAUAAUGGAUGUAUAUGAGUCGUGGGGGCCAGGGGUGGAAUGUCAUGGUUUAUGCCUGUGUCCCCCAGGCCUCAUGAGUUUGCAUUGUGCAUUUAUGAUGGUUCGUUGUCUAGUGUUCGGAUUGAUGGUGUCAGUCCUAAACCCACAUUGGGUGGAGCCAGUAUGUAAUUCAAUGGCAGGAAGAAGGUGUAUCUUGCUUUUAGCUGGUUCCUGUGUGCUUUUUGCAGCCUCCAUGAACUGUGGCCCAGCCAUACCUGCCUGCCUUGGAGCCAACGGAGUGUGAACUGAAACCUGCAAAAACUGGAUUACAGUUAAGAGUUUGCCUUAGAUCUUGGAGGAGACUUGGGAAUUGGACUGUUCAGGAAUGCUGAAACAUAGGACGUUGUCAACUCUUGGAAGUGGACUAAAUGCCUUUUGUAUAAUGGAUAUACAUGAGUCCUGGGGGCCAGGGGUGGAAUGUCAUGGUUUAUGCCUGUGUCCGCCAGGCUUCAUGAGUUUGCAUUAUGCAUUUGUGAUGGUUCAUUGUGUAGUAUGUGGAUUGAUGGUGUUAGUGCUACACCCACAUAGGGGUGGAGCCAGAAUGUAAUAUAAUGGCAGGAAAAAUGUGUGUCUUGGUUUUUGCUGGUUCCUGCUUGCUGUUUGCUGCUGCCAUGAAAUGUGGCCCAGCCAUGUACACCUGCCUUGGAGCCAACUGAGUGUGGACUGAAACCUCCAAAAAAUGAAGAAAUAAACCUUUCCUUUCUCAACUUGGGCUUCACGUAUUUUGUCUCAGAAACAAGUAAAAAAUAACUAAGACAGUAGUUAAUGCAGGUCUCAUGUUAGCUUGGCCUUGGACAUCCUGAAGAAAAGUCUGGCCUCUGAAGAUAUAGUGCAAUGUAAAAGCUUGGCUGAGGGGGGAGCUAGGAUCGCUAACAUCCUCUGACAAUUGCUGGCUAUUCUGGUAAAUAACUGCUGUUAUGAACUGAUGGACUAUGAAGAGUUUAAACUGGAGUUCUCCUCAAUGCUUCCCCACCUUAAGCUGGCCACCCAUCCUGGGAGUCAACAAAACAAAAUAAGAGAGAGUUGUUGGAAAGGGUUGAAGAUGAAUACAUGUGCAGGGCCGUGAUGUGGCCUGGGCAUGAUUGAAUUGAGAAUGAGGAGACACCGCAAGGAACAAAUAGGCCACAGCUGAGGCCACCUAGACUUCCUGAAUAAUUUUUCUUAAUUAGAAUCAUCUGUUGCUCUGUGGGUUCCUUGAACCUCUCCCAGGGGCCUGCUCAUCUUUUUACCAUUGUCCACUCACUUCCUUGCUUGUUCUGAUUAAAUAUGGGCUGCCUAGUGACAGGUGGCUGGCUGCUUAGCAGAGUUAUGAGUUCUGAAGAUUUCACUCUUCCUGUUGCCCUCAAGACAAUGCCACUUUUCUCAUUCUUUUGGUCCUUUGCUGUGUACUUUUUUGGGGGCUAGGUAUUUAGGCAUAGGCUCCAAUAAAAACUUACCUUCCAGUUGUAAGUUUCCUGAAAAUUUUGUUGCAUGUAAAUUUUCUUUACCUGUAGAUGGAAGUGUUAUUAUCAACAAAUAUAUUGCUAACUUAUCAACAUAUGCUACCUUUUUAACAUAUCGAGGGGUAUUAUAGUGAUUUCUCAGAAGGCAUGAUUAUACACCUCUUUACAUCAUUGUGAGUAUUCUGCAUAACUUUUCUAAGUCAGUACUUAUAAGUGAAAUUGGUAGAUAAUUACGGAGGCCUCCAUCAACUUGCUAAGUACUAUGUAACAUGAGUCUCGGUGUUUCUAGCAGUUCAUUUGUUUUUAACCAAGAAUUCCUGACCAGAUGCCAGUUAUGCCUGCUUGGCACAGAAUGGAUUGUACAGGAAAUUAAGUGGUUUUGAUCUCCAAAGAAUUGCUGGAGUCAAACUGAAACAGGUAAAUGCUAAAAAACUGUUAGGGUUUUCAUGGAUUAAAAACUCAUUUACAUAAUUAGUUGAAGAAUGAGUUGAUGCAUUUGGAAGAUUAUUCAGAACAUACAGCUAGCUGAAUUGUAUUAGACAUUUAUUUCUUUACUUUUAUACAGGUACAAAAUACCUGACUUAUAGAAUUUAAUAUAAAUAUAUUCUUUAUCUCAUGGUUUCCAUGAGGGUUGUUUGAUUUUGACUGUUUCCAAAGCAUAAAUAUCUUGGAAAAAAGUGAAAAGGAAAAAGUAAGUUUUUUAUUACAUCAAGGAGCCAGAGAACAGUUUCAGAACCUGAAAGAAGGAUCCAGAGACCAGAUUUCGUUCAUGGGUUCUAACACACAUGGCUGCAGUUUAUACAUAUAGAAGCAAUCAUAGUAAUCUCCUACACAUUUCUGAAGCCAAAAGGUGUUAACAAAUGGAUCACCAGCCUUUAGGGCAUAUAUGACUUCUAGGAGUAUUAAAAUCCUGAAGAGUGUUAUACUGAGAUGCUAAAAAUUAAAAUAAUUGAUUAAAAGAUAAUUAACAAAAAUAAUUACUUAAAAAGAUAGUUAUUAGUAAUAUCAUUCUACUGAGCUCAUUGCCCUAGUAAUCAAGCACCAACCACAUAGGUAUAAAUUAACUGACCACGUCAUUCUGCUGUUCUGUAAUGCGUCAUCCCCCCACAUUAGUGACCUGUGUCCUAUGUCAAAUAUUGUUUCCCUUGUAAGAAACAAAUGAUGCUGUGCCAACCACUGUUCCCAUUAUGAGAGACAAAUGUUCCUGAAAUUGGCAGACCAAGGGCUAUGAAUUGGCCAACCACCCACUGUGAAAUGCCUCUGUCCUCAAGCAAAGGGGAACAAAGGCCCACCUUAUUUCUGUUUCUCAUCACUAUGUACUUACUGAUCAAUGAGCUAAUCAUAAAUGAACUAUAAAAAUCAGUCAAAACUCUAACUCAGUUGCACAGCUUUGCAAAUUCCAUUUGCACUGUGUCGCUGGGCACACAGUGCAAAUAAAAGUGCUUCUUUUAAAAAAGAUGUCUUGUCCCAUUCGUCAUCUUGGGGUCUUGCCCCGUUUUUUCAUCAUGGGGCCAUGUUUUUUUUUUUUUAAAGUAGAGUACAAAAAGAGCUGAGUGCCAAUUAGUGACAAGGGAACUAUACGGCAAGGGGAACUUUGAGUGUCAAGUCCUUGGGUGUCCCUGCCUCACCAGAAGGAAAUGUUUAAUUGGAUUAGGUUCCAUUUCAGCAAUAAUUGUCACCCCCAUGCUUGGCAAUAUGAUCACUUUCAGAAUUCAGCAUUUUUUUGAGCCUGAAUGAGUAGCAAGCUUGUCUUGGAGUACUGAUGCUUGCUUUUAUAUCAUCCUUACACUGUUGCAGACCAUUACUAUCAUUUAAAUGUAAUGUCUUCACUAUACAUGGUAACUGUGCUCCUUUAGUGUUCACAUACUGGGUUUCUUGGUGGAAAAUUAAUAGAAAUGAGUGAAAAUCAUGAAAAUGAAGUCUGAUACCUCUAACAGAAACUUCCAACUCUCUGUUCUGUUGUGUCCUGCCCUGGCCUUUUCUCAGAAUAUUUUCUGACAUCAGUGGACUUUUAUUCCUGGAGGAUUGAACGUGAAUCCUGAAAACAUUUGCAGCCCAUUAUGCAAAGAGUCCACUGAUCCUUGAAAGAAAGCAGGGUAGCUAUGAAAUGGCAGGGAUAAAUAAGAAAUUUAGAGAAGACCUAACACCAUCACUUCUCAAAAUUUAAUGAAAUCAAAUGGGAAAUUGUACUUCUCAGUUCAUUCCUGGAAGCAAGCAGUACCCUGAUACCAAAACCAGAGAACAAUCCAAAUAAGAAAGACAAUUACAGACCAUUCUGCCUAGUGAACAUUGAAGCAAAAAUCCCCAAUAAGAUACUGGCAAACAGACUGCAGAAUAUCAUCAAGAAGGUUUUACAUCAUGAUCAACUGGAAUUAUUCCCUGGUACUCAGGGGUGGUUCAACUUACAUAAAUCCAUACAUAUAAUACACCGUAUUGACAAAUCCAAAAGCAAAACUCAUUUGAUCACUUCAAUAGAUGCAGAAAAAGAUUUUGACAAAUUGCAUCACCUAUUCAUAAUAAAAAACCUACAAAAAUUGGGGAGAUGAUAUUUAUCUCAAUCUGAUAAAAGCCUUUUAUUACAAACCAACAGUCAUCCUCAUACUAAGUGGACAAACACUGAAAGCUUUCACUCUAAAAUCAGGAACAAAACAAGUGGAGACAACUGUCUCCACUCUUAUUGAAUAUAGUCCUGGAAACUAGCUGGAGCAGUUAGACAAGAGAAAGAAAUAAAAGGAAUAAAGAUAGGAAAGGAAAAGCUUAAAAUGUCAUUAUUUGCAGAAGCCAUGAUACUCUACGUAGAAGACCCUAAAAAUUCCACCAAAAGACUUCUAGUUUAAGAAGCAAAUUCAGUAAUAUAGCUGGUUACAAAGGCAACACUCAACAAUCAAUAGACUUCAUAAACAAGAAUAAAAAACCCAUAGAAAGAGAAAUCAAGGAAACAAUAACUUUUACAAUAGCAUCCCACCAAAUGAAAUACUUAGGAAUCAAUCUAAUAAAGGAUGUAAAUGAUCUCUACAUUGUAAACUACAGUACUCUCAAAAUGGAGAUUGAAGAAGAUAUUUGAAAAUGAAGAGCUAUCCCAUAGUCUUGGGUAGGGAAAUUCAAUAUAGUGAAAAUGACCAUACUUCCAAAGCUAUUGUACAGAUUUAGUGCAAUCCCAAUCAAAACCCCAUAGCAUAUCUGAAAGAAUUACACAAAAUAAAUCCUAAAAUUCAUCUGGAACCAGAAGAGACCUAGAGUAGCAAAGGUGAUCCUGGGCAACAAAGGAAAGAUAAGAUUCAUCAAAAUCCCUGACUUGAAAUUGUACUAUAAAGGUAUUGUGAUAAAAAAAAAAAAAGAUGUGGUACUGACAAAAAACAAAACAAACAAAAACCAGAUGCAAAGAUCAAAGCAACAAAUUAGAAAAUGGGGAAACAAUCCCAGACCACUAAACCAUCUUAUCUUUGACAAAGGUGCCAAACAGAGUCAUUGGAAGAAAAGCAGUCUCUUUAAUAAAUGGUGCUGGAAAAACUGGCUCCAUACAUUCUGAAUAUUAUCUUUCAAAGUGUAUUAAGCUAAGAUCAGAAUAGAUCAAAGAUCUUAUAUUAAAACAGAAACAUUAAAUCUGCUGCAAGAUAGAGUAAGUAAAACUCUUGAAGACAUUCAUGUAAGCAAAGUCUUUAUGAAGAAAACAUCGAUUUUUGAACAGCAAAAAUCGAAGAGAAUUAAGUGAGAAUCUCACCCUACUGAAAAACUUUUUAACAGCUAGAAAUAACUAAAAGAGUGAAAAGACAACCCACAACGUGAGAGAAAAUGUUUGCCAACUGUUCCUCAGACAAAGUAUUACUAUUGAGAGCAUGAAAAACUAAAAAAUUUCAGUCUUCCCAGAUUUAAAGACCAAAUCCAAAAAUGUGCAUCUGAGGUGAAAUACACAGUUCUCAGAUGAAGAAAUAGAAACAGCAAAUAAAUAUGUGAUAUAAUGUUCUGCAUCACUCGUCAUUUAAGAAUUGCAAAGUAAAUAACACUGAUAUGUCACCUUGCCCCAGAAAAAAUGCCUACUGUCAAGAAUUGAAGCAAUAACGAAUGCUGGAGAGGUUGUGGAGGAAAAAGGAACCCUUCUCCAUUGUUGGUGGUAAAGCAACCCCUGUGGAAAUCAGUGUGGAGAUUCCACACAAACUAGGUCUACAGUUCCCACUCAACUCAGCUAUUCUCCUUCUGGGUAUCUACUCAAAAGAAUAAAAAUUAUCAUACCACAGUGAUAUAUGUGCACCCACGUUUAUAGCAGCAGUUUGUGGUAGCCAGAUCUGGUGUGGAAUGCAGGACCUCUAGCUUGCCAGGCAGGUACUUAAGCUAAAUCGGUGGACCACAUUUUUUAGUUUUUAACUUUCAAAUAAAAUGGGUUUGGGAGAAAAAACAAGGACUGAGGUAAAGACUUUCAGUGCAAAUACCCAUCAGACGUGCUGAGGUCAACAUUCCAGAAAACAGCCAGCUCCAGAAGCCUCACCAGCUUUCAUUGGGGAUCCACAGUUACAGGGUGUUUUAUUUUCUGCAAUUAUUCUUGGUGCGGAAGGCAGGCAGGAGAGCAGGAGCCAAUCAGUGAUGAAGAGGCUGGCUAAAGAACUGUCCAAUCAGGCGGGCCAAGGUAGGCGGUGUCUUCCGGUGUCAUGGCGUCAAUUGCAAGGCCAGGGCACAAAAGGGAGCACUAAUGUUUGCUAGACCACUAUUUUUUGCUUCUAUUCGCUGUGGACUGCUUAGACAGAACCUGGGAGACCUCCAAACUACGCAAUGGAGGUGGUGACCUUGGAGGAUGUGGUUGUGAACUUCAACAAUGAGGAGUGGACUUUGCUGAGUGUAUCCCAAAAGAACCUCUACAGAGAUGUGAUGGGCGAAACCUUUAGGAACAUGACUGCAAUAGGUAAGGACAAAAUACUUUUGUCAUUCAUGCUGUCAGAAUAUUGUAUGUCGCUCAUCAGUUCUGUUUCAUUAAAAACAAUGUGAAAAUAUUUUUAAAAAUAGCUCAGACCUGGGCACAUUAAAUCAUAACUCUAAACAAAAUCUAUUAAUUUGUGUAUAUUAUUCUAAUGGGUGCUGGUAUUUGUAUGUCUACAAUUCAGGAGGACUUGGGGAUAUCCAGGAAGCUGAAAAAGAAUGCAAAAUUUACUGGAGAUACUUAAGGUAAUUCACGCUCAUAAGGAGAAGGAAUGUUCCUGAGUAAUUAGUGAGUCAGCAGAAAAAUGACCGCCAAAGAAAUGAGGCACCAUUCAAUUUAUUGUCAGUAAUAUUCUCCGAAGAUGUAUAAGCUAGGGUAUGUAUAAUGAGUGGAUUAAAUCAUGAAAAUGUAUGUCAUUGCAUAUAGAUGUGUACAAAAGGCAUACACUUUGAGUUAUGACAUUCUCCCUUCAGUUUUUCUACCCAUAUAUGCAUGUGAAUACAAUACAUUCAUUAUCUAAAAAUUAGUAAGAUUGCAAUAGAAUUUGAAAUAAAACAGAGUGCUUGUGUUUCCAAGCCAUGCUCUAAAGAAUCAGCCAUUCUGACCAAAAUUCUUAGGAGGCUGGUGGAAUGUUAAGUGCACUCAUUCUGAAUAUCAGUGUGCAGUUGUCUCUAGAAAUUGAUCCCCUCAUACUUGUCCUGGAUAUAUUUUUAAAAAUUCAAAAUCCACAUAAAAUACUGAUACAUGCUUGCUCAUAUACAAAGCAGAUCAAGUUAUAAUAGAUCAGGCCUUGAAGAAGCUUAGCUAUCUAUCACUGGAUUUGUGGAGAAGGAAAAUGUUAAUAGACUCUCUGUGAUUGUGCAUUCUUGUAAAUCCAGCACACUAGGAAUCAGAUUUUGCAGAAUGGAAAAUUCAAGUUCAAACAUCACAGCUUAAUGAUCAGCGAAAAUGUCUUAAAACAGAUUUAAAAAGUUGUAGAUUUUAUGCUAAUAGCUUUUGUUCAUUCCCAACAUGGAAAAGAAAAAAAAUGUGUUAUGUAAUAUCAAAAAAUAAAUAAUAUAAUGUCAUUUGCCAUAAGAAAUAGGUUGUUCUUUCUCCCAUCAAUUCAGUGAAAUAGCUCAGCUAUAAAACUUAAAAGUUCACAGGAUUUGUUUUAGAUGAGAAACCAAAAUAUAAAUUGUGGAAUGAAAUGAAAGAAAGUUAAUACAGAAAGGUAAGACUGACCAUAUGGAAAAGGGAACUACAGAUUAAGCACAGAAGGGAGAUUGUGAUGGGGAAACAUAUCAGAAUGAUCUGUAUGUGAUACACAUAUGUACCCUUGCCCAAAGUGAAGCUAAAGAUUCUGCAUUUGAAAAGGUACCAAAUUUUAAGAUUUCUACAUGUGUAUUAUUCUUUUGGGAAUGGUUGGUUUCAACAUGUCUUACAAGGCCAUUCUGUCAUUUCAUGGUCAGAAUUUCUUAGCAGGCAUUAAAAACAAAACUUGAUAUUAAUGCAGUCAUUAAACUGAGACCCAUUUCACUGUGAAUGUUUCUUAUUUUUUUAUUUAAUGUAAAGAAAGAGUAAAAAAAAACCAAAGUAAGUAGAAAUGAUACCGCUUUCAAAAUGAAAAUAAACAGUAAGAUAUCUAAAGACAGUGAUUACAUAUGCUGCUCAUAGAAAUACUUAAUGAAAUACAAAAGUGAAACAUAUGAAUUGGGAUUCAAACAGCGAGACUGCAAACAGUUUUGUUCAACUCUCCCAUAAAAACUUAGUAAUAUGGUUAUCAAUCCUAUAUGUGGUAUUUUUUUUUAACAGAAAUGAAAAGCUAGGGAAAUCCUGUGGACAUACAUCUUGGAAUCAGUGUAGAGAAGUAUUCCUUUGUACUGCAGAAGGUAAUGUGAAUGUGAAAGAAGCAGAAACACACCAUAAUGUUCUGAUCCAUGAAAAAUAUUGCAGUGGAGGGAAACCCUAUGUAUGUCAACACUGUGGAAAAGGUUUCACCAAAUCUGGACAUUGUAAGCAACAUGAAAGAAUUCACACUGGAGAGAAACCCUAUGUAUGUAAGCAAUGUGGGAAAGCUUUUACCACACAUGGACAUUGUAAGGCUCAUGAAAUAAUUCACACUGGAAUGAAACCAUAUAUAUGUAAGCAAUGUGGUAAAGCUUUUAACACACGGGGAAAUUGUAAAACACAUGAAAGAAUUCACACUGGAGAGAAACCAUAUGUAUGUAAGCAGUGUGGGAAAGCUUUUAACAAACAUGCAGAUUGUGAAAAACAUGAAAGAUUUCACACUGGAGAGAAACCUUAUGUAUGUAAGCAAUGUGGGAAAGCUUUUUACACACAAGGAGAUUUUAAGAAUCAUGAAAGAAUUCACACUGGAGAGAAACCCUAUGUAUGUAAGCAAUGUGGGAAAGGUUUUACCCGACGUGGAAAUUGUAAGCAACAUGAAAGAAUUCACACUGGCGAGAAACCAUAUGUAUGUGAGCAAUGUGGGAAAGCUUUUAAAACACGUGCACAUUGUAAGGUUCAUGUAAGAAUUCACACUAGAGAGAAACUUUAUGUAUGUAAGCAAUGUGGGAAAGCUUUUAGCACACAUGAACAUUGUAAGGCACAUGAAAUAAUUCACACUGGAGUGAAACCAUAUGUAUGUAGGCAAUGUUGGAAAGCUUUUAACACACGGGGGUAUUUUAAGCAACAUGAAAGAAUUCACACAGGAGAGAAACCCUAUGUAUGUAAGCAAUGUGGGAAAGCUUUUACCACACAUGGGCAUUGUAAGGCACAUGAAAUAAUUCACACUGGAGUGAAACCAUAUGUAUGUAAGCAAUGUGGUAAAGCUUUUAACACACGGGGAAAUUGUAAAAUACAUGAAAGAAUUCACACUGGAGAGAAACCCUAUGUAUGUAGGCAAUGUGGGAAAGCUUUUAACACACAGGGAUAUUUUAAGAAACAUGAAAGAAUUCACACUGGAGAGAAACCCUAUGUAUGUAAGCAAUGUGGGAAAGCUUUUACCACACAUGGACAUUGUAAGCAACAUGAAAGAAUUCACACUGGCGAGAAACCCUAUAUAUGUAAGCAGUGUGGGAAAGCUUUUACCCAACAGGGAAGUUGUAAGCAACAUGAAAGUUCACACUCAAGAAACAAACAGUGCAUGUAAGCAUCAUGAAUUUUUUGAGCACAAGUACAUAUUGCAUAAUCCAUGAAAAACUUCACACUGGGAAGAAAACUUAUAUAUGUAAGGAAUGUGGGAACGCUUUCAGCAGGAAUGCUCAUUGUCCAAUACAUGAAAAAAUUUACACUGUUGAGAAACCCUGUUUAUGUGAAGAAUGUGGGAAAGCUUUCACCACACAUGGAUUUUGUAAAAUACAUCAAUGACUCCACACUGGUGAGAAACCCUAUGCAUAUAACAAUGUGGCAAAGCUUUUACCACACACAGUUAUUGCAAAACACAUGAAAGAAUUCACACUCAGUAGAACCACUGGCUACAUAAGCUAGUGGAGACACUUUCAGCAGCCAGAUUGUAAGUGAAAUAUGUGAAGAAAUUCACACAAGAGAUAAAUCCUAUGUGUUAUGUAUUUAUCUCAGCACACAUGAUCAUUGCUGCAUAUCUGAAAGAGCUCACUGGAUCCUAUGUGUAUUAACAAUGUGAGAAAUACGGCAAUCCAUUUUUGUUGUUAAAUACAUAGAAAAAGCAGCACUCUUCAGACAGUUUAGAUCCAAGUUUACUUUAAAAAUUCCAAAUAGACCUGAAGAAAUAAUCAAUACAGAAGUUUGAUGUCAAUAUUUCUUCACAAAUUUUCCAGAAAUGACAAAUCUGAAGUGGAGCUCUACUCAAGUACAUAUUUUUUAUGGUUUUCAGUUAAUCACUUAUACGUCUUUAGAUUUUUUAAAGUGUCUUUGUGCUUCAACAUGACAUCUUGUAAUUAAACAUGGUAAACUCAAAUGGGCUUUUCACUUUCAAGUAUGAAUAGUGUCUAUGUACUUAAUAUUUUGUCUUUAAAACUUAAUUUUUAUAUUUUUUAAUGAAUUAUUUUUAUUUAAAGGAAAAAAAACCCAAAAAGUGUAAAAAUAAUACAGAAAUUCUGAAAAAUAAACAAUAAGAAAUCACUAGUUGAUUAGUUACAUAUUGUUAUCUUAGAAGUAAUUGUUCAAGUCACAAAAUUAAAGCAUACAAAAUGAUAUUCAAAUAAUGUCACUGUGAACAGUUCACCUCCGUGAUCCAACAGGAACUUAUUAAUAUGCUUAUCUGUUGUACAGACUUGUUUUUUAUCUUAAAGAUGGUAAGACUAAACAUGACAAAACAGAACAGUUCACAAGGAAAUAAGUUAAGGAAACACAGGUUUCACAUCAAGUCCACUGAGAUGUUCAUUUUCUAUCUUACUGUCUCUAGUUUUCCUCAAAAUAUUUGUUCCCAUCUUCACAUGCAUUGAAUAUAUACUGAACAUUAUAGAACUAAUCAAAUAAUUACAGGAUGAUGCACACUUUUUUGAUUUUCAAGACUGAUUUUGGGGAAGUUGAUAAUGAUUACCAUAAUGUGUCUCAUUCUGUUCGUAGUUGACGUCUUUAUUUUUGUGUAUGCUGAAAUUGAACAUAAGAGACUAAACCAAUAUCACUCUGAAGAGUGAAUAAUAGUAUCCUUAGAAGGAGAAAGGUGAGGAAUUGCCUAAAAAAAGAAGGCAGAGGACAUUGUUAAAAGUGUGUCAGGAUUUAAAAGCUACAGUAGUUCUGUUGCUCUGUUUAGUUUGAUUAUAUUUUUUUGUGGUCUGUCUACUCAUUAGAUUUGAGGGCACAGAGAGAUAACCCAAAAAUAGAAGGUUAUACUAUGAUGGUAUCUGUCCUUAAUUUUCUAUUAACUAAAACUGAAACUCUAUAUUACUUACACUGUCUUACGAUGACUGAUGUUAUUUGAAGCUUGUUUGAAUGUUAUUUGGCCUUGACUGAUUUUAUUCACAUUUGGUAUGCUUGCUGGUAUCAAGUCCAACAGUAGAGGCAACUACUCUGAAGAUGAUAAGAUGUGACAGAUAUAUAUUGUGGGGCUGGGGAUUUAGCUCAGUGGCUUAAGCCCCUGCCUGGCAAGUGUGAGCUUUCCAGUUUGAUCCCCAGUACCAAAAAAAAAAAAAAAAAAAAUUAAAUAAAUAAAAGAUAUAAAUUCCAGGUUUAAUUUUUUUAUUUAAAGAGAAAAAAAGAACAUAAAAAAACAAAGCAGUAAAAGGGUACAAAUAAUACAGAAUUUCAAGAAAAAAAAUACAGUAAGAAAUCACUAGUUAAUAGGUUAUAUAUUGUCUUCUUUGAAACAGUUGUCCAAAUUAUAAAAUUAAAGCAUCUAAAGUGAACAUUAAUACAGCGAGAUUGCAGACAGUUCUGUUCAAUGAUCCAACAAAAGCUCAGUAAUAUGGUUUUCCUUCCUACACACUCAAACAGGCACUUAUAUCCUUUAGACCACCUUCCUUUCCUCUCUUCUUCACAAUAACAAUUACACUUUUGAGUUUUUUUUACUCCCAUAGUUCUUACUACUUUUUUUUGAAGAGAAUAAAACCUCAAGUGAGUUAACAAAACAGAUUUGGUUAGAACAUAAGGAUGGGCAUAGUACUUGAAUCAAAAAUAGAAUAUCAGCUGAUCAAAAAUGGUUACCAUUGUGCCUCAAAAGAGUUGCUAUAUCAUCAGUUAUAAUAGAAUAGAUCAAAACAGUACAGAACAAGACCAAUAAAAUCUACACUGGAGACCUUACAGGAUUUCAAAAGAAGAUAAUAGUCAAAUCAUAAUGGGCAUCAUAUUAAAUCUUAUUGCCUUUAAAGUGGUUGCCUCUACCCUCAAACUUGAUACUAUCAAACAAAAUAGAAUAUAGUAAAAUCAGGCAGAACAAGAUGGGGAGAGCAAUACUGGGGUUCAAAUCAGGUUAAUAGGAAAACAAAUAGUUACUAUAAUAUAUCCCGCUAUUUUUUAAUUUAGUUUUCCUUUAAUACAAAAAAAUAAAAAAUAGUAUAAUUUUUUUUUUAAAAAGGGUGUAUAUCGAGAUAAAAAAGACAUUGUAAUAGAACAACACAGGUCAGAACUGAACAAGUAAAGCAUCAUUUUGUUUCACCACCAGAUAAUCUAACAUAAUAGUAGUCACCAUAGUGCCUCUUUCCUUGAAUUAUUUGAGUAUAAGUUCGUAUACUAUAGAAUCAAUCAUAUCAAGACAGUGUGAAGCCAUUCAAGGGUAUGAAAGAAUUACAGGGUAUUUAGAGCCAGUUAACAGAAAAUGAACAACGAUUUCUAUAUAAUCUCUUUGCCUGUAAAAAUUUUUAUUUAUACUAUCACAUACAGUAAAAUAUAUUAAGACACAACAUGGUAAAACCAGUGGAAAUAUGUACAACAGCUUGAUGGGAGUUCCAAUGAAGAUAUUAAAUCAGCACUAGCUUUUAUGAUGUGUUAUUUUCUUCAGAAUAGCUAUUCAUACUAUCCUCGAUACUAAAAUCGAGAAACCCAGGAUAAAACCAUUGCACUUAGUGAGUAAAAACAUUAUAUGGAUUCAAACCAAUAUGAUUGGGUAUCAUGAUUACCACAUACUUCUAUGUAUUAUCAUUUCUUAUACUAGGGAAUAUAUUUGGUAUUUAUACAUUUGAGUUUGAUUUAUUUCACUUCUUAAUAUGGUCUCAAUCUGCAUCCAUUUAUUUAUAUGUCAAUGUGAUUAUUCUUUAUAGCUGACUAGUACUCUAUUGUAUAAAAGCACCAUAACUUUUUUAUCCAUUCCUCAGUUGAUGAAUACUUAGGUUGUUUCCAAGAUCUGGCUGUUAUAAAUUGUGCUGCUAUAAAAAUGGGUGCACAUAUAUCACUGUUGAAUGAUGCUUUCAGUUCCUCGGUGAAUACACCUAGAAGUAGAAGAGCUGGGUCAAAAGGUGCUUCCAGUCCCAAGUUUCUGAUAAAUCUCCAGACUGAUCUCCACAAUGGUUGCACCAGUCUACAGUCCCACAAACAGUGCAGAAGAGUUCCUUUUUCCCAACAGCGUCUCCAACAUUUGUUGUUGGUGGUUUUCUUGGUCUUGGCCAUUCUUUCAGGAGUGAGAUGAAAUUUGAAUGUGGUUUUAAUUUGUAUUUCUCUAAUGACCAUUGAUGGUGAACAUUUUUUCAUGUAUUUAUUUGUCAUUUGUACUUCUUCAUCUCAAAAUUGUUUAUUCAUCUCAGAUGCUCAUUUUUGGAUUGGGUCUAUGAAUUUUGGCGGACUCAUUUUUUAAAAUGCUUUAUAUGUUUUAGAUAGAAGUCCUCUGUCUGUGGGCCAGUUCACUAAGACAUUUUCCCAGUUUGUGGGUUUUCUUUUCACUAUACUGGAGAUUUCUUUUGAUGUGCAGAAACUUUUUAAUAAGAGGUGAUCCCAAUGAUUGAUUCUGGGAAGCAUUUCCUAUGAGGUUUGAGUCCUGUUCAUCAAUUCUCUACCUACUCCUAUUCUUCAAGGUUUUUACCCAAUUUGUCUUCCAAUAGAUUUAGUGUUUCUGUUAAUAUUUACAUCUUUGAUCCAUUUAGAUUUUAUUUUAGUACAUGGUGAUAGGCAUGGGUCUAGUUUUAGUUUUAGGCAUAUGGAGAGCCAGUUUUUCACCACCAUUUAUUAAAUAGAAUGUCAUUCUUCCAGUGAACAUGUUUGGCCCAUUUAUCAAAGAUAAGGGAGUUGAGUGUGUUUGUAGUGGUGGUUGUAUCUUCUCAUCUAUUCCACUGAUCUUCGGCUCUGUUUCAAUUCCAGGCCCAUGUUGAUUGUACUACAGUUGCUUUGUAGUAUAACUUCAAGUCAGGGAUUGUGGUACCUCCUGCCUUGCUUUUGCUGCUUCUAAUUGUCCUUGCUAUUCUUGGUUUCUUCUUAUUCCAGAUGAUUUUAGGGGUGAUUUCUCAAGUUCUAUGAGGUAUGUUGAUGGUAUUUUUAUCAGAAUUGCAUUGCAUCUGAAUAAAAGUUUUGGGAGAAUGGCCAUUUUCACAAUAUUUAUUCUUCCUAUUCAUGAGCAAGGGAUGUCUUUCCAUUUUCUGAGAUCAUCUUCAAUUUCAUUUUUCAGUGUGUUAUAAUUUUCCCUGUAUAGGUCUUUCACUUCUUUCGUGAGAGUAAUUACUAAAUAUUUCAUUUUUUUGUUUGCUAGUGUGAAGGGUGUGGCCUCUCUUAUUUCUGUCUGUGUGACUUUGUUGUUAGUGUAUAGAAAUACUAUUGAUUUUUGAGUAUUGAUUCUGUAUCCAGCUACAUUACUGAAUUAAUAUAUCUAGGAGUCUUUCAAUGGAGCUUCAGGGAUCUUCUAUAUAAUGUAUCAUGUCAUCUGCAAAUACUGAUCAUUUAACUUCUUCUUUUCCUAUCUUUACGCCUUUUAUGUUUCUGUCUUGUCUAAUUGCUCUGCCCAUUAUUUUCAGUACUAUAUUAAAUAGGAGCUGUGAUAAGGGACAUCCUUGUCUUGUGCCUGAUUUAAAGUAAAGGCCUUCAAUUUUUUACCAUUUCGUAUGGUACUGGCUGUUUUGUCAUUGCUGGCCUUAAUUAUAUUGAGGUAAGGACCAUCUAUUCCAAUUUUCUGCAAGGUUCUUAUCAUAAAUGAAUGUUGGACCUUAUCAAAAGCUUUUUCUGCAUCUAUAUUAAUGAUCAUGUGAUUAUAACUUCUGGCUCUAUUGAUAUGGUGCAUUACAUUUAUUUAUUUACAUAUAUUAAACAAUCUCAGUAUGCUUGGGAUGAAUCCCCCUUGGUCCUGAUAAAUGAUCUUCUUGUUGAUUUGCUCCAUCCUAUUUGCCAGUAUUUUAUUGAGGAUUUUUGCAUCCUUGUUCAUUAGGGAGAUUGUUCUGUAGUUCUUUUUUUCAGUUGGUUCCUCCUCUGGUUUUUGUACUACAGUAAUAUUUGCUUCUAGGAACAAUUUAUGAAGGAUUGCUUCCCUUUCCAUUUCAUUGAAGAGUUUACAGAGUGUUGGCAUUAGGUCUUCUUUAUAUUUCUUGUAGAAUUCUUCAGUGAAUCCGUCUGGGCCUGGGCUCUUCAUUGUAGGUAACGAUUUUAUUAUGUUUUCAAUUUCAUUAAUAGAAUUUGAGUUAUUCUGUAGAUUUACAUCUUCAUGACCUAGCUAUGGUACUUCAUAUGCUUUAGAUAUCUGUCUAUUUCCUCUGUGUUAUAAAACCUUUGAAAGUAGAGGUUUUCGAAAUAGGUGUUUUUGAUCUUCUGUAUUUCAAUAGGGUCUGUAGUAAUUUCACCUCUUUUAUUCCUUAUUGCAUGCAUUUGAACAUUUUCUUCCGUUUUUAAAAUAAGGUUGGCUAGUGGCUCUUCGAUUUUAUUUAUUCUUUCAAAGAACCAAGUCUUUGAUUCAUUGAUUUUUUGGAUUUUUUUUUUUUUUUGGUCUCUAUUGCAUUGAUUUCUAUAAUUUCUUCUUUUCUUUUGGCUUUGGGCUUGACUUGCUCUUCUUUUUCUAGAUAUUUGAGGUAUAACAUCAGGUUAUAUAUUUCUAUUCAUUCUGUUUUCCUAAUGUGGGAACUCGUGCCAUAAAUUUUCCUCAGAGGACAGCUUUCAUUACAUCACAUUGAUUCUGGUAUGUUGUAUUAGUUUUUUCAUUUCUUUGUAGGUAUUGUUUAAUUUCUGCUUUAAUUUCCUCUGUGACUCAUUGAAUACUCAAGAGUGUUAUUCAGUUUCCAUGUGUUUGUGGGAAUUUUGCAGUAUCUUUUAUUAUUAAUUUCUAAUUUCAUUGUAGUAUGGUCUGGUAGCAUGCAAGGGAUAAUUUCAACCAUUUUGCAUUUAUUUAAAUAUGCUCUGUGAAUUAAUAUGUGGUCUAUUUCAGAAAAUGACCCAUGUAAUACUGAGAAGAAUGUGUAUUCUGUUGUUGUUGGGUAGAGUACUCUGUAUAUGUCUAUUAAGUCCAUUUAUUCACAGGUGCGAUUUAGUUCUUUUAUUUAUUUGCUCAUUUUCUGUCUGGUUGAUCUGUCCAUUGGUGUCACUGAUAUGUUAAUAUCUCCUGUUAGAAUUGUGUUAGUGCUAAUUUGAUUUUUCAUUUUUGUUAGUACUUGCUUUAUAUAAUUGGGUGCUCUGGAGUUUGGUGCAUAUAAAUUUAAGAUAGUUUUCUCUUCCUCUUGGAGUUUUCCUCUAAGCAGUGUUUAGUGACCUUCUUCAUCCCUUCUGAUCAUUAUUGGCUUGAAGUUCACAUUGUCUGCAAACAGAAUAGCUACCUCUGUUUUUUUGUUUAUUUGCUUGUUUUGUUUUGUUAUGUUUUUGGUUCCUGUUGCAUGAAAUAUUGUUUUCCAUCCUUUGGCUUUCAGUCUGCGAGUAUCCUUUUGGAUUUAGAUAGGUUUCUUGUAGACAGCAUAUGGUUGGAUUUUGUUUCUUAAUCCAUUCUGCCCGUUGGUUUCCUUUAUUGGUCCAUUGAGACCAUUUACAUUAAUGGUUAGAGCUGUUAUAUAUUGGUUUAUUGUUGACAUGUUAUCUUUCUGCUGUUGCAUCUUUAUCUUUCUGCUCUUUUUAACUUUCUGUUUGGUUUAGAGGUUUUUUCCUAAAUGUAUCUAGGCUGUCUUUCAGUAUUCUUUGCAGGGUUGGCUUGGUGAUCAUGAAGUUUUUCAGCUUUUCUUUGUCAUAGAAGAAUCUUAUUUCUCCUUUGAUUUUGAAGGACAGUUUUUCAGGGUACAUCAGUCUAGGUUGGCAAUCAUUUUCCUUUAGGAUCUGAAAUACUUCAUUGCAUGCUCUUCUUGACUUUAUUGUUUUUGCUGAGAAGUCUGCUGUGAUUCUGAUACAUUUUCCUUUAUAGGUGAUCUGUCUCUUCUCUUUGACAGCUUUUAAUAUUCUAUUCUUUUGCUCAAUUUCUGGGAUGGUCAUUAUUAUAUGUCUGGGUGUAGAUUUAUUUUGGUUAUGACUAUUUGGAUUUCUAUAUGCUUCAUUGAUCUUGAUAUCAGUUUCCAAUCUCGUGUUUGGGAAAUUUUCAGCUAUUACUUCUCUAAAUAUCCUCUUGAUAUCCUUUAUGUUGUCCCCCUUCUUUUUCAUUUAUCCCUAUCAACCUAAUGUUGUUCUGCUUUGCGUCAUCUUGCAGGUGUUGAAUAGUUAUUUCGUGAUUUCUUGUUAUUUUAAAAACAUCUUUCCUUUCCUGUUCACUAGCUGCAAUCUUGUCUUCGAGGUCUGAGAUUGUAUCUUCACAUUCAUUGAGGCAGUUUUUACAAUGUUCAAUGGAGUUUUUGAUUUCCUGUAUAUCACUUUGCAUCUGCUUUAUGUAUUCUGUUUGUUUCUUCUAGAGUUCAUCCAGGGAUUCUAUCUUUUUGUUUAGUUCCUCCAAUUUUUUAACUGUGUCUUCUUUAGAUAUGUUCAGAAUCUCCUUCAUUUCUUUUUUUUUUUUUUUUACCUACAAGAUUAUUUCUAGUUUGAAUUUCUUUGAUGCUUCCCAAUGUUGCUUCUUUAUUUCAGUUACUAUUAUUUCAGGUACUUCAGUUAUGUGGAAUGUGUUUUCUUCUAUGCACAUUCAUUAUCUAACAAUUGCUAAGAUUGCAAUAGAAUUUGAAAUAAAACUGAGUGCUCAUGUUUCCAAGCCAUGCUCUAGACAAUCAGCGAUUCUGAUUAAUAUUCUUAGUAGGCUGGUGGAAUGUUAGUGCACUCAUUUUGAAUAUCAGUAUGCAGUUGUCUCUAGAAAUUGAUCCCCUGAUACUUGUCCUGGAUAUUUUUAAAAUCUCAAAUCUGCAUAAAAUACUGAUACAUGCUUACUCAUAUACAAAGCAGAUCAAGUUAUAACAGAUCAGGCCUUGAAGCUUAGCUAUCUAUCACUGGACGUGUGGAGAAGGAAAAUGUUAAUAGACUCACUGUGAUUGUGCAUUUUUCUAAACCCAACAUACGAGGAAUCAGAUUUUGCAGAAUGGCAAAUUCAAGUUCAAACUUCACAGCUUAAUUAUCCGUGAAAAUCUCUUAAAAUAGAUUUUUAAAAAGCUAUAGAUUUUAUGCUCAUACCUGUUGUUCAUUUCCAGCCCAGAAAAGAAAAA